AAAACAGAAAACAGAAAAAUCUCCACCAAACACAUAGAUAGAGUAGUAUUGGCUUUCCUUCAAAGUUAAGCACAAACUAAAUUUCCCUCAAAAUCCAUGAUGACACUUAAACACUUUUUCUCUAAAAACAUCAUUACAUAACACAAAUCUUUAACAAAAGCCUUAACAAAUAUUUAACACUGCAACUGCAAACCAAUUCUCCCACUACACCAUGUUUCAUGUUUAUCACUUCCUCCUUCCACUUUCUCUAUGGUACCUUCCUCUCACGGUUUUCUCAUCUCACUGCACAACAGAAACUUCAACCAAAACCUUUCAAAAAUGCAUGAACCUUCCCACACAACAAGCAUCAAUAGCAUGGACUUUCCACCCUCACAGCUCCACCUUAGAAUUAAUCUUCUUUGGCACCUUCAUUUCACCUUCUGGUUGGGUUGGAUUUGGCAUAAACCCUACUUCACCACAAAUGACAGGAACUAAUGCCUUAAUAUGCUUUCCAGACCCGAACACGGGACAAAUAGUCCUUCUCCCUUUCAUACUUGACACCACUGUUAAACUCCAAAAAUCACCACUUCUUUCUCAACCCUUUGAUAAUAUCAAUCUCCUCUCUUCCUCUGCAGCCAUGUAUGGUGGCAAAAUGGCAACUAUACAUAACGGUGCACCUAUUCAAAUUUACGCCAAACUCAAACUCGAAUCGAAUAAAACCAAUAUCCACCUUGUUUGGAAUAGAGGACUUUAUGUUCAAGGCUACUCACCAACCAUUCACCCAACAACCUCAAUUGAUCUAUCUUCUAUUUCCACUUUUGAUGUUUUGUCGGGUUCAGCAUCCUCGGCAUCUCAACACACUGACAUGAAAAUGCUUAGAGUGGUUCAUGGCGCUAUAAACGCAAUCUCUUGGGGUAUUCUUUUACCUAUGGGAGCAAUAACCGCACGUUACCUUAGACACAUUGAGACAUUAGGCCCUGCAUGGUUCUAUGCUCAUGCAGGAAUACAAUUGUUUGGUUUUGUUCUUGGAACUGUUGGGUUUGGAAUUGGUAUCCAACUCGGGCAAAUGUCGCCAGGAGUUGAGUACGGACUCCAUAGGAAGCUUGGAAUCGCAGUGUUUUGCCUCGGAGCAUUGCAAACUUUAGCAUUGUUGUUUAGGCCAAAUGAAAGGAACAAGUUUAGGAAGUAUUGGAAAUCUUAUCACCAUUUUGUUGGAUACUCUUGUGUGGUACUUGGGUUUGUGAAUGUGUUUCAAGGGUUUGAAGUGAUUGGAGCUAGUAGGUCCUAUGCCAAGUUGAGUUACUGUUUAGGACUUUCUACUCUUAUUGGUGUUUCCAUUGCUUUGGAGGUAAAUUCUUGGGUGAUUUUUUGUAGGAAAUCUAAGGAAGAUAAAAUGAGGAGAGAUGGACUUAUUGGAACAAGUUCUGACAAAGGGAGCAGUGGUAUCCACAAUUGAGAGAGCAAUAGUAUUAGUAGUUGUCUAAGAUUUCAUAACUAGAUAUCUCAACAUUAGAUUAAGAUCAAAUGAUUCAUAAAAAUAACCCGAGUUAGAUAUCAAAUAGUUCGGUUCAUAUGCUAUGUUUGGAUCGAUGAAUUUCCUCCUUGUAUUGUUUUUGUGUCACAAUCGAUUUAGUUCGGGUUUGAAUGAAUUCGUUUCUGUAAACAAAAAAAAAAAUCUUCUGAUUUUUGUUCCUACUUAUAAUGUAACACAUUAUGGAUUAACAAGUAUUCUAACACAACAUAGCAUUGUCAAAAUUAACAAAUUUGAACUGAA